AUGAGAAGUCAGAAGUCAACGCCAGAAGACUACAUCAGGAAACCACUAUCCAAGCUUCGAAAGCUUCUCGCUACAAGCAAUCUGGAUACAGUGGGACGCAACGGUUUGGGUAACAUCUACGUCUGGGCAAGUGGUGAUGGAGGUGAGGACGACGAUUGUAAUUGCGAUGGGUACGCAGCCAGCAUGUGGACCAUCAGUAUUAACAGCGCGAUUAAUGAUGGGCAAAAUGCCCAUUACGACGAAAGCUGCUCCUCAACUCUGGCUUCAACUUUUAGUAACGGAGCAAAAGACCCCAAUACAGGAGUGGUAAGAUUGUAUUUUAAUAAAUUUUAG